AUGAAAAAGUUUGAUGUAUUUGUGGCCACUUUCAAUAAUCUACCCCCCGGCCACCCAGGGCUACCCGACCACCGAGGCUCCAGCCAACGAGGACUACCCGAGCACCGAGACACCGGCGAACGAGAACUACCCGACUAUCGAAGCUCCGGCCAAACAGCACUACCCAACCUCGGCGCUCAGAUCUACACAACAACCGAGUACGGCCUGGUCACUGACAUCCCGGAGAACGAUAACUACCUGGCCACCAAGGCGCCGACCAACUACACAACCACUGAGGCCCCGGAGAGCAGCCCCUACCACCCUCAGACGGAUGCUCCUGGUACUCGUGGCCGCCUAAGCCGCGAAGGAUAG